AUGUAUUUUAUAGUUGCCGUUUUUCAUCUUGUGAAUUUCUUCCUUAUUGGAUUCGCUGCUAUAUAUGGGGUACUUACACCCUUUGGGAUAUCAGGAAUUAUUGGAGGUUAUAAUCGUAAAAAAUCCCUGCUGAGGAGUUUUAUCAUUCAAUAUUGGCUUGCAUCUGCGAUUCUCAUUGGAAUAAGCGUUGCAAACAUUUUCCUUGCUCAAAAUUUUCGGAAUGAUACAAUUCGGAAAUGUCAAAGUGAACGUUUUUUUCAAAAUGACCCUACAUCACCUAGAUGCCCUGAUAAAGUUGCCUCUGCACAGAAUGCAACUUUAAUAUUUGCUAUUAUUCAGGGAUCAGUAUUAGUAUUUUUAGGAAUUUUCGUAUUAGUAUUUGGUAUACGUGAAUGUAAGGAUAUAUCAAUUGAAGAAGAGGCAAAUAGUCUUAUUGCAAAAGCUAAUUUUGAAAAAAAGGAUGGAGGAAUCUCACCUCCAUCAAAUGACCAUUUAUCACCUUCCGCCUCAUUGCAUCGCAACAACAGUAAUAACAGUAAUAAUAGCAAUCCCAGCAACAAUGAUGAUGGCUAUAUUGAACUUGGUCGCGAUCCCAAUGCCAUAGGCAACUUUGUUCCGCCACGAUAUAAUCAAGGAUACGUAUACCCGACCAGUGAGAAAUCUAUGCCCACGCCGUACACAGGUAUACGUCGCCAUCCAACCAGCCCCACUCGGAUUCCUUCAAAUCGUAUACCAGGUAGUAACUUAUCACGCUAUCCGACUACCGUUAAUGACGUAUCUGUAAAUAGAGAUCCUGUGACCAUAACGCUUCAAUCAACGAACGGCAAUAAUAAUUAUUCACAGAGAGCCUAUGCAGAUGACGGCAAUAAUAAUUAUUCACAGAGAGCCUAUGCAGAUGACGGCAAUAAGAAUUAUUCACAGAGAGCCUAUGCAGAUGACGGCAAUAAGAAUUAUUCACAGAGAGCCUAUGCAGAUGACGGCAACAAGAAUUAUUCACAGAGAGCCUAUGCAGAUGAUGGCAAUAAUAAUUAUUCACAGAGAGCCUAUGCAGAUGACGUUUACGCGAGCGCGUCUCGUAGACCACAAUAUACAAAUCCUGGUCGUUCAUUGUCUGCUAAAAAAUAUAAUGAUCAAAUCAACCAAAUGCCUCUACCAUAUUCAUCACAAUCAGCACCAAUACCUACUAUAAUACCAAAAAUACCAAAAAAUGGUUCUCAAUCUAAACGUAAUAAGC